AUGGAUGCGCUUCUGUCCCGCCUGGACGCACUGGUUCUCAACCCUGAUCUUGCACCUUUCUUGUCGUUGUUGAAGGGUGCGCGUAAUGGUGUCGUCUAUGGGUCGAAAGUGCGAUUUCCGCAUGCGCUGGUCAUGAUCUUUCUGUUCCGAUCUGGAACAUUCCGAGAAAAGGUCAAGCUCGUCUUCAAAGCGACCCGCCAGCAUGCUCGAAAUCUAGCCACAUUCGCUAUCAUAUACAAGGCGUCAAUGAUUGUUCUACGGAACAUCUCCCCCGCAGGUUCCGGGAAGGAAGGCCGCUAUGACAGCUUCUUUGCGGGUUUGUUGGGUGGAUACGCGGUCUUCGGCCGACAGCGGGGAAGCAUUAGCCAGCAGAUUGUCAUCUAUGUCUUCGCCCGCGUUAUGCUCUCCCUCGCCAAACUCUCCGUCCAACCCGACAUGCACCCACUCUCCUCCCUCAUCACCCCCGAAGCCCGCGCCCAGAUCACCAACAAUGCCUGGCCUGCCUUUGCCAGUCUAAGCUGGGCAUUCGUCAUGUAUCUUUUCCGGUGGUACCCGGACACCCUGGCGUCAAGUUUGCGGAGUAGCAUGGUCUACAUCUAUGCGGACUCAGAUCACUGGGACUCGUUCCGGACCUUGUUCAUACACAAUAAAUGA